CAUACACUGAUGGCAGAGGCUACCAUACAAGGUGCCAUGCUGCUCAAUGAUUCAUUCCAAUGCCUGUUCGUGCACACUGACACACCGAAGGAGGAGCCACAUUUCAUAUUGAGGGGACAGAAAUCUGUCACAUUAUGGGGACUCACCUACUGUAUUUUAGAAUGUAAGAGUGGUGCCUAAAAGGUAAACCACAAUGUGUUUUUUGCUAAAGUGAGAGUAUAGACCUUGGGUUUGGCCUAACAACGGUGUGUGUGUGUUUGUGCGCGCGAGUGUGUUAGACAAAGAGAAAAGAGAGUGUUUUACAAAAGAUUAUUGAUUUAACGUGCACAAAGUUAUGAAGCAUGUGGAAGACAAGUGGCUUUUUCACUCCCGGUUGGAAUGCACUUCCUUGACACCAAAACUGCGGGUCACACAUGAAAAUUUGUGACCAGGAAGCAUUUUAUUUUUCUUCGCCCUCAUAAUGCUCGUCUCAGAGCCAGAGAAUCCAGUUUCAGGACUUCACUUGAGCUGACAAGCAUCUUAAAGAAGACCUGUAAGAGCGCCUGCAAAAGACAUGUCGCACAACGGCAAAACUAACAUGAGGCAGAUGAUGGUGGUCCUGUCCACCGUGGAGCAAUGGUCCUCUCUGAAGUCUCUGCAGCAGCAUGGAUCAGGGGAUAAGCUCAGGUUGACCUUUCGCUCUCUGGGACCAAAUCAAGUCUGUGACUUGACAGUGGAGGGUCGCUUGGUCAGCUUGCUUUACGCAGAUUUAAAAGAUGACAUGACAGAGGCGGACAUCAGUCGGGCAAUAGGUGGCUGCUUUAAGUCUUGCGCGGAUGGAGUCAGUACAUUUCUGCUGCUGAUCCAAGGCGGCCAUUACACAAAGAGGGAGAGAAGAAUGGUAGAGAGUCUGCAGGCCCACUUUGGAGCCGAGGCUUUAAAGUACCUGGUAGUUAUCUCUCUGGCCGAUGGAAAGGUUGCUGACACACUGGACGACGCCCUCCUGGAGCUGCUGAACACGUGCGAUGGGAGGUACUGCCAAAUCACAUCGUCCACAGCAAGAGACGAGCUGGGCGCUCUCCUCAAGAUGCUCGACCGCGUGCUGGCUGUGAACGGCAUGACCGGCUACACGGAGGCCAUGCUGACCAAGGUUACGAAAAGGAACAAUGAAGACUCGGCCAUGCAGAUGCUGAAACGGAAGGUGCAAGAGGUCGAUGAGCAGGAGCGGGCGUUCAAGCAACUGAUCCGACAGCAAGAGGAGAGACGAGCCAAAGAGACGGAGGAGCUGAAGGCGAGGCAUGCCGAGGAAAGAAAGGAGGAGGCGGCGGAAAAAAAGCAAUACGAGACAAAGAGGGAGAGCCUGGAGGAGGCUGUGAUGAGCCACGGGGCCAUGCUGCAGCUCCAGAUGGGUGCCACUGAUGAUGAUGACACAAAGAAGCUGUCGGUCAUCCUGUUGGGUCUUUCUGGCAGCGGGAAGUCCUCUGCUCUAAAUCUCAUUCUAGAGAGGGCAGGUAACCGAUACUCAAUCAAUGAGUCCAGUCGGGAACCCCCUCAGCCCACCUUGUUUUGUGAGAGGAAGGAGGUGUUCGCAGCAGGGAGGCGACUCAUCCUGGUGGACACCCCUGAGCUGUGGGACGAGGACGGGGUGGAAAAGCUGGAGCUGGUCAAGGACUGCUUGGCUUUGUCCUUACCUGGACCCCACGUCUUCCUGCUGGUGCUCCAAAUGGAGCGCUUCACCCAGGGCGAGUGCGAGAUGCUGGGCCACCUGCAGAGGAUCUUCGGGCGCGACUUUGCAGAGCACGCCAUUGUCCUCCUCGUUCGCUUUGACUGCGACCAGCGCAGGCCUCAGGGGAUCAACGACUACGUGGCCGGCGCCCACGCAACCCUCCGGGAUCUCAUACGCAAGUGUGGCAGCCGGUUCUAUGAGCUGAAUGUGACCAAGUCCCAGAAUGCUCUGAGCUAUCCUCAGGUGAAAGACCUGCUCUCAGGGAUCAACAGGCUGGUAGCGUCCCACGGAGGACGCUCCUACUCAACGAGGAGGUUUUCUCUGCAGGAGAUGCAGGAGAGGAAUAAGGGGAUUGGGGAGAGAGGGGAGGGAGAUUUGGAACGGAACUACUUAUUAAGAGAUGCCUGAUUUCCAGACCCGUAGGCAGGGAGGGGGUCAGCACAAUGUCUGCAACCCCUGUACGUUGGGGUUAGAUGUGCGAUUGUAUCAUUUGUUUAUUUUUUAAAAGACGGUAUCAGAUACGAGUUUAUUCAACUACAUGGAAUCAGUCCUGCAGGGAUUCUGCACUGGAUUGAAAUGCAUUGCAGAUUUAUAGCUUUUGUAGAUGAUGUCAUCGUGGUUUGCUUGCAGGAAAUUGCCACCAUAUGAGUGAAUUUCACAUGUGUAUGAAACUAAUUGGAGGCGGUGUGGGGAUUUUCCAAACCACACAGAGGAGCAGAAGCACCAGGGAUCCUUCAUGUCCAUUUUUCUCUGAAGGGAGCAGGGAGGGGAGGAGAAGAAGAAACCGCUGCAGAUUUGGUUUACUGUUGGACUUCCCCAUCGGGACGAGGUUUAUGAGAUCUGCUUGUUGAUAUCUUGGUUGCAUAACAGUUACAUUCUUUAACACCAUCCUGCAGAUGGACAACAAACGGACUCAAAAGUGUCUGUCUGAACGUUUUUUUAUUAAAUCAGUUAUUGUGCAACUCUUACUUGUGUAUAUGCUACGAUGUUUAUACCUGCACACCUAUUGGGUUACCUUUGUGUCUUUAUUACGCAAUCAAACAGAAUAGGUUUAAGAACAAUAUUAUGAACACUGCAAUCCAAAAAUACAUUUGUGAAUAAAAACAUGUUCAUGCAAAUUCAAAAGAUGCGGUUGCUGUUGAGCUGAAUCUUGUGAGUGAGACCAAGUGACAGCUUGUUAGCAGUUAGCAAAUGUAAUUAGCAUGAUUACACUCUUCAUCACGAAUUUAUGUUAUUUGCAAUAAAACAUUUAUUUGAUA